AUGCUGCUAUUACUAAUCGAUUCCGGGAGUUAUGUUCACGGAACUGGGAAGUCUCGUGUUACCAUAUUUAUAGAGAGGGGUAAUAAGUGUGCCGACUAUCUUGCUAGUAGAGGGCAUUCCCUCCCGUUGGGUUCUCAUAUUGUUCCUAUUUCUGAUCCUGGUUUAUACCACCUUCUCAUGUACGACUGUCAAGACCUUUCCGAGCCUCGUUGUGUUAUGAAUGAAAGUUGA